CUUCAAAACAUAACAACUCCAUCAACAGAUCAUGCUUUCAUUAUGAAAAAUUUGCAUUGAUCCGAUGAUUAUUCCCUUCAUUUUCGCCUUUCUUGCCGGAGCAUUUUCAGUACUGCUUGUACAAACGGUYCUCUUAUACAAAUGGUGGUCUUCGAAGGAGAAAGAGACUCCAAAAUUGACCGUGGAAAGGUCGAAAGUCACCAACCCAAAGUUUGUUUCAGAUUUCUUGAAAGGUGAAGGAGCAACAAGGGAAGAAUCAUGCAUGUUUUUGAAUCUUCUGUUUUCCUUCCUAUGGCAAGAAUGGAGAGACAAGCCAAAAACCAAAGAAUUCUUCAUGAAAAGAUUAAAUAUGGAAUUUACAGACCUAGUGACUAACMGAGCUGCUGGAAAACUUAUUGAACAAAUUACUAUAUUAGACCUGGAUUUAGGAACCUCUUUGCCUGUAUUCAAAGGAGCCACAAUAAUGAAAAUUCAUCCUGUAAAAGAUCCAAGAGACAUUCCCAAAGAAUUAGAUAUUGCACUAGAAUUAGAAUAUACAGGUGGAUGUCAUAUGGCCAUACAAGUGGACUUUCCUUUUAGUAAGACUGCSUAUUUCUCUGUUAAGCUUGCAAGUCUUAAGGGACGAGGAAGACUUCAGUUUAGUACAAUCCCAUGUACACAUUGGUCCUUUUCUUUUUAUCAGGAACCAGACAUGGAAUUCCAAGCCGAGUCACAUGUUGAAGGAAAAAACAUUGAGCAGCUAACAUCUCUAAUAGUUAAUCAUCUUCGGCGAACUAUCAGCAGAAAACACACUCUUCCSAGAUAUAAAAUAAGAUAUUUACCAUUCUUCCAAAAAUUAGAACCUCAAGAUGAAAAACAAUCUAUUUAUGUACAUGAUAGUGUAAUAACUAUAGGGCACCUUGAGGUUAAAGUUAAUGGUUGCUAUCGUUUACCUGAUAUUGAGGGAAGCACUGGAUUGUAUUGUGCUUUGUCAGUGGAUGCAUUACCAUGGAAACAACUAGCUGAGAAUAGUAGAGCUUUGUGGACAACAUUUGAGGUYGAAAUAACUAGAGAAAGCACCACAGCAUCAUUUGGUAUGACUCUAAGCAAGGAAUAUGGAGGRUCUGACAUUGAUAAGGUUGUAUUUGUAGAAACCAUUAUACCAUCAUCACCUGCUGAAUUAGCUGGACUACAGAGAGGUGAUGUUAUUGUUUCAGUGGAAGGACAGAGAAUAGACUCACUUAAACAAGCAGCAAAGAUGAUCAAAAAUAAAACCAAAUUUACUGCAAACUUCCAACGGCCUCCAAAUAARCUGCAAAGCAAGACUGACCAACAAGAUGGCUUUGAUGAAAGUGCAGUAGACUUCAAGAACGUUGCUGUAGACAGCGAUGAGAAUGACUCUGAUGAAGAAUUUGUCAAUAUUAUGAUUCCGUUAAUUGGAGAGCAAGCAACCAAUGAAGCAAAAACAGCAAUGAGAGAUUACUUGACAAGAAGUGCAGAAUUACGGCAACGAUCACGGAAAGGACAUUCUAAAGCAACAACUCCAACAAGUCCUGUUCCAGAAAGCAAAAAGACAUUCAAGCUGAAUACAGAGACRGCAAGAAACUCUAAGCCUGUCAGUCAAGYUGAUGGAAAGUCUGAAGCCAAURCAACUGAAACAYCACAAACAAAGCCAUUAAGUCCUGUUAGAAGUAGAAGUGUUGGUACAAAGCCUACCAAACCAAGURUGUCCAGUGAUGAGACCAGUAAAAGUAGUCUUGUAAUAAAACCCUCUACAUACUGUGAACGUCCAGGCACAAAGAGGACCAAAGAAGUAUCUCCCAGUCAGGAGCCUUCCUGGAAUGAAAGUGUCAGGUUUGAUUUGGGUCCAAAAGACAUGUACCUGAAUGUAUGUGUUUGGAGCAAACACCAGGAAAAAAAUGACAAAGAUAUUCUUAUUGGACAUAUAACAGUUCCACUAAUGGAUAUUGCAGUACAGUGUCUUACUCUUGGYGAAAGGCGACACCAUCAGACAUAUGUUUUAGUUUCUCCUCACAUAGACAGGAUUAUAUCAAGGUGGGUAACUGCYRAGAGACAGUAUAUUGCUUCUGCUAGACAGUGUGAUGAUGCAGCUCUUCGUGAAAAAAUGGAGGAACUAGAAAAGCUAAAAGCUGAAGAGGAGGAAUCUGACCCAGAAGACUCUCUCGAAAGUUCUAGUGGACAGAAAUCAAGAUGGUUCUCAAAGAAGCCGACAGAAACAAAAGAACAAGAUAAUUCAGUCACAACYGAUGAACAAGCGCAACAAACACCAAAGGAUCAGAAAGAAACUUCAUCAAAGACAAGCGAAGGCAACAAAGAAAGUGRCAUGGAAGGGGAAAAAGUGAAAAAUGAUAAAGAGAAUGAGAAGAAUGUGAAUGAACAAACCUUGACACAACAAGAGCGUGGAGUUCCUGGUUUGAAUGAGAACCUCUGUGGUGGAGACAUGUCUUUGUCAUUUGUGCACUCAGCUUCUGCUAGACAGUGUGAUGAUGCAGCUCUUCGUGAAAAAAUGGAGGAACUAGAAAAGCUAAAAGCUGAAGAGGAGGAAUCUGACCCAGAAGACUCUCUCGAAAGCUCUAAACCUGUUGAGCACAAUUUUAUCUUGACUCAGUUUUACUUUCCAACGAGAUGCAACUAUUGCAGCAAGAAGAUCUGGACAAAGGUUGCCUUUCAGUGUAGGAAUUGCGGUCUUAUUUGUCACAAAAAGUGUCUUGACAGCUGCAGGCGGUUUAGUAGUUGUUUACGUUCUAGUGGACAGAAAUCAAGAUGGUUCUCAAAGAAGCCGACAGAAACAAAAGAACAAGAUAAUUCAGUCACAACYGAUGAACAAGCGCAACAAACACCAAAGGAUCAGAAAGAAACUUCAUCAAAGACAAGCGAAGGCAACAAAGAAAGUGRCAUGGAAGGGGAAAAAGUGAAAAAUGAUAAAGAGAAUGAGAAGAAUGUGAAUGAACAAACCUUGACACAACAAGAGCUUGCACCCGAGAGGAGUGAUGAUUCUACUGCAAGUAUUGAUCCUGCUGAGCRGGAGAAGGGUGAGGCUGUUGCCUCUGAUAUGGUAGCAGCAUCAGAGCAAGUCAAAGAGAUGGGUCGAGAACUUUUCUCAAACUUGCCUCCUGAUGAAAGGAAAAGAAAACUCCAAGACAUGAUGGCAAGACUACAAGUGGAAAUAGACGAAGAAAAUGAAACUCAAGCUGAUUUAUAUAUCGCGAAAAAGAGAACAAAAGAUAAAAAGCUUAAGGCACAUUUUGUGUCAUUAAUUGGAAAGUCAGAGGAGAGGAGUCAAGCUCUUGCUAUGCUGAUGUUGCAGUACUGUGCUGGAUUGCAGGACUGCGCUGAUGCAGAAGAUGAAGGGUGUUAUGAAUUAUAAACAUGCCGGCACAAAUUAUAAAUAUCUCAUAGAAUUUCAGUCAUAUUACAUGUAUCAUGUGUAUUGUUCGAGAUUUUUAGGAUCUGAUAUUAUGCUCUAAAGUACUGAAUUGUAUAAUUUUGAGUUUUUACUUGUAGUAUUUUGCCUAGAAAAUUGCCAUUAGUAAUGUUUUUUAUCCGGCGACGUAAGCAUAGUUAAUAGUUAACUAUGACUUAAGCAAUGUAUAAAUUGAUUACGAAAGAGAUUAUUUAUGUAUAAUAUUGGUAUAUAUUGUUAAUUUACGAAUAAAAAUAAUAGACUUACAA